AUUUAGUUAAUGCAAUUAAUACUUUAUGUUGAGGUUUCCCUACUAACUUAUUUAGCCUUCAAUCAUCGUCACCGAAUCCCUGGGUUUAUAAUUGAAAGAUUGCUAUUCUACAUCCAGCCCAGCGUAUUGCAUACGAAAUUUACACUUGAACCUAGCUAAUUGCAAAAAGGCUGUAACACACCAAACAAGAGCAUCACGCCCGACUAGAAUAAUGAGUAAAUACUUCCACAUUAUCGGCGAAAAAGCAUGAGCUGUAAUCUGCUUAUUAGCCACAGACUCACAGUUGCCUUUAAAGGGCCACGAUCCAUAGCUUGUCAGAGUUGUUGGCCAUUAUUAUAUUUGGGUACAAUCAGAUAACUUAACAUAGUUAACUUACCCAGCACGGCACGGAACAUCCCCUAGCCCGGCUCAGUUUAUCCGACGACGUUGAUAUUGCAGAUUGCGGGCCGCACGAGAGAUUCAGAGCAAAAAACCCUUCUAGCAUAACAUCGACCCUGCAAGUUAAGGGAAUAAUAAUCGAUCAACUCUUCAGGCCUUCUGCGACCGUCUGACUUUGGAUUUUUGCCUGGGAGCUGCGGUUGCUGUUUGCUUCCCCCUACCCCGCCAAACUCCAACCGAAUUUUCCCAAUCACCAGGCGCGUUGCUCUUCGUUUCGAGAAAUAUUGUCAGUAGCAGUAACCGGCUAUUCUGCUUGCUUUUGUUUCAUCCUUUACCGUGAAGAGAACUCCAUUUUAAUUUCUGGCCGCCCAAACGCGCCUGCACAGCAACUUGCCCGCGAUGGAUUUGCCCAAGAGAAUAGUGAAGGAGACGCAGCGGUUGAUGACUGAACCUGUUCCUGGUAUCACUGCAAGCCCUAGGGAAGACAAUCUCCGUCACUUUGACGUUACCCUCGAAGGACCAGCCGACUCACCUUAUGAAGGUGGAAUCUUCAAGCUACAGCUGUUCCUACCGGAAGAUUAUCCCAUGGCGCCUCCACAAGUUCUGUUCCAGACAAAGAUAUACCACCCAAACAUCGACGGCAUCGGAAGGGUUUGUCUUGAUGUAUUAAAGAAAAACUGGUCCCCAGCUCUGCAAAUCCGCACCAUCCUCCUCUCGAUCCAGGCAUUACUUGGGGCCCCAAAUGCCGAAGACCCGCUCGCGGAGGAAGUCGCGAAACACUGGAGAGAGAACCCAGCCGCUGCCAUUGCGCAAGCAAAGGCAGAUACGAAGCGCUAUGCAAUGCCAGAGGCAGCGGACAAGAAGCCAUGAUAUAAAGAAACCGGGUUUGGCUAACAAUAUCAUUUGAGUAAGAGGGUGAUAUCACUUUAUUGAUUUAUUGAUUGAUUCGUUACGGACGAUUCCUUUGCGUUUUUUACUUGUUUUGCGUCUUAUUGGCUUUUGUUUUAUAUUGUCAGCGAGCCACCCUGCUCUUGUUCUUCGUUUUCUUUUUUCUUUGUUCAUCGUUUAAUGAUUCGAUACUCUUUCUUUUGAUAUUUGAGCGUUUGGGCUUUCAUCUUCUGUUUCAUUUCCAUUUCUAUAGUCAUGUAUUUUUUUUCAGGGUUGAAGAUAUAACCUGUGAUGAUUCAAUGCCCGCUCGAUAGAAUACAGACUACGGCGCUCUCUUUUCGGGGAGCAACACGCGGUGCUUUCAUAUUUCCUAAUUUCCUACACUCCAGUGAAACUACGAAGUGGACCAGAGCAGGGAAAUGGGUUCAUAGUUAUGUCAGUUAUUAGUUAAUGAAGGUUCUGUUUCUUUUGCCGGAUUGAAAA